AGGCCCGGAAGCGUUCCCUGUCACAAAGGGGGGAACACGUGGGAGGCGACUUCCCGGGCCACGGUCUCUAGGAGCUAGAGUCAUCCGGAGAGCCGCCCAUCGUCGCCACCCGUCCGACUCCUCCGCCCCGCCGUCCGGCUGGUCCAGCCGCAGCCGGCGCCUGGCUGUGAGGUGGACUCCCGCCCGGGUCUGACCCUCUCCCGCCAGUUUUCCACCUCGUUCAGAUCCCCUCAACUAUGUCCAUCCUCUACGUCUCCCCUCACCCGGACGCCUUCCCCAGCCUCCGAGCCCUCAUAGCCGCUCGCUAUGGCGAGGCUGGGCAGGGUCCCGGAUGGGGAGGAGCCCACCCUCGCAUCUGUCUCCAGCCGCCCCCGACCAGCAGGACUCCCUUUCCCCCACCCCGUCUGCCAGCCCUGGAGCAAGGGCCGGGGGGGCUCUGGGUGUGGGGGGCCACGGCUGUGGCCCAGCUGCUGUGGCCCGCAGGCCUGGGGGGGCCUGGGGGUAGCCGGGCAGCUGUCCUCGUUCAACAGUGGGUCAGUUACGCCGACACGGAGCUAAUACCAGCUGCCUGUGGGGCCACGCUGCCUGCUCUGGGACUUCGAAGUUCCACACACGACCCCCAGGCUGUGCUGGGGGCCCUGGGCAGGGCCCUGAUCCCCUUGGAGGAGUGGCUUCGGCUGCACACCUACCUGGCAGGGGAGGCCCCUACUCUGGCUGACCUGGCGGCUGUCACAGCCUUGCUGCUGCCUUUCCGAUACGUCCUCGAUCCACCUGCCCGCCAGAUCUGGGGUAAUGUAACUCGCUGGUUUCUCACGUGUGUCCGACAGCCAGAGUUCCGGGCCGUACUGGGAGAAGUGGUUCUAUUCUCAGGGGCCAGGCCUCUCUCUCAACAAUCAGAAUGUCAGAAUCACUGGGACAGGGGCCUGGAGGAGGGGAGAGUAAGGUGGGAGGACCGCCUGGGCUCUGAGGUCCCUGCAGCCCCGAAGACAGCUGCUCAGCUUAAGAAAGAGGCAAAGAAACGGGAAAAGCUAGAGAAAUACCAACAGAAACAAAAGAUCCAACAGCAGCAGCCACCUCCAGGGGAGAAGAAACCAAAAGCAGAGAAGAGGGAAAAACGGGAUCCUGGGGUCAUUACCUAUGACCUCCCAACCCCACCUGGGGAAAAGAAAGAUGUCAGUGGCACCAUGCCCGACUCCUACAGCCCUCAGUAUGUAGAGGCUGCCUGGUACCCUUGGUGGGAGCAGCAGGGCUUCUUCAAGCCAGAGUAUGGGCGUCCUAAUGUAUCAGCACCAAAUCCCCGAGGUAUCUUCAUGAUGUGCAUCCCACCCCCCAACGUGACAGGCUCCCUGCACCUGGGCCACGCACUCACCAACGCCAUCCAGGACGCCCUGACCCGAUGGCACCGCAUGCGAGGUGAGACCACCCUGUGGAACCCUGGCUGUGACCAUGCGGGCAUCGCCACCCAGGUGGUGGUGGAGAAGAAACUGUGGCGCGAGCAGGGGCUGAGCCGGCAUCAGCUGGGCCGAGAGGCCUUUCUACAGGAGGUCUGGAAGUGGAAGGAGGAGAAAGGUGACCGGAUUUACCACCAGUUAAAGAAGCUUGGCAGCUCCUUGGACUGGGAUCGAGCCUGUUUCACCAUGGACCCUAAACUCUCUGCGGCCGUGACCGAGGCUUUUGUCCGGCUUCACGAGGAAGGCGUCAUCUACCGCAGUACCCGCCUCGUCAACUGGUCCUGCACCCUCAACUCCGCCAUCUCUGACAUUGAGGUGGACAAGAAGGAGCUAACAGGUCGCACGCUGCUCUCUGUGCCUGGCUACAAGGAGAAGGUGGAGUUUGGGGUCCUUGUGUCCUUUGCCUACAAGGUCCAAGGCUCAGACAGCAACGAGGAGGUGGUGGUGGCAACAACUCGGAUCGAGACAAUGCUGGGAGAUGUGGCUGUAGCUGUGCACCCUAAAGAUCCCAGAUACCAGCACCUGAAGGGGAAAAGCGUGGCCCACCCGUUCCUGCCUCGCAGCCUCCCCAUUGUCUUUGAUGAAUUUGUGGACAUGGAGUUUGGCACAGGUGCGGUGAAGAUCACCCCAGCACACGACCAGAACGACUAUGAGGUUGGGCAGCGGCACGGGCUGGAGGCUGUGAGCAUCAUGGACGCCCGUGGGGCUCUUGUCAACGUGCCCCCACCCUUCCUGGGUCUGCCCAGGUUUGAGGCCAGGAAGGUGGUGCUGGCAGCAUUGAAAGAUCGGGGACUGUUUCGUGGCAUCAAGGACAACCCCAUGGUGGUGCCACUGUGCAACCGGUCUAAGGACGUGGUGGAGCCUCUGCUGCGGCCACAGUGGUACGUGCACUGUGGGGAGAUGGCCCAGGCCGCCAGCGCCGCUGUCACCCGGGGUGACCUCUGCAUCUUGCCUGAGGCCCAUCGACGGACAUGGCAUGCCUGGAUGGACAACAUCCGGGACUGGUGCAUUUCCCGGCAGCUGUGGUGGGGCCAUCGCAUCCCAGCCUACUUCGUCACCGUCGAUGACCCAGCAGUACCCCCUGGGGAGGACCCUGACGAGCGUUACUGGGUGAGCGGACGCAACGAGGUGGAGGCCCGGGAGAAGGCAGCCAAGGAGUUUGGAGUGGCCCCUGACAAGAUCAGUCUCCAGCAAGACGAGGACGUAUUGGACACCUGGUUCUCCUCCGGCCUCUUCCCCUUCUCUAUCUUGGGCUGGCCCAACCAGUCAGAAGAUCUGAGCGUGUUCUACCCGGGGACACUGCUGGAGACAGGCCACGACAUCCUCUUCUUCUGGGUGGCCCGGAUGGUCAUGCUCGGCCUGAAGCUCACUGGCAGGCUGCCCUUCAGAGAGGUCUACCUCCACGCCAUCGUGCGGGACGCUCACGGCCGGAAGAUGAGCAAGUCUCUAGGCAACGUCAUCGACCCCCUGGAUGUCAUCCACGGAGUCUCCCUGCAGGGCCUCCAUGACCAGUUACUGAAUAGCAACCUGGAUCCCAGCGAGGUGGAAAAGGCCAAAGAAGGGCAGAAGGCGGACUUCCCGGCGGGGAUUCCUGAGUGUGGCACCGAUGCUCUCCGGUUUGGGCUGUGCGCCUACACGUCCCAGGGUCGUGACAUCAACCUGGAUGUGAACCGGAUAUUGGGUUACCGCCACUUCUGCAACAAGCUCUGGAAUGCCACCAAGUUUGCUCUGCGCGGCCUUGGGAAGGGUUUCGUGCCCUCACCCACCUCCACGCCUGGAGGCCGCGAGAGCCUGGUGGACCGCUGGAUCCUCAGCCGGCUGACUGAAGCCGUGCGGCUCAGCAACCAAGGUUUCCAGGCCUACGACUUCCCAGCUGUCACCACUGCCCAGUACAGCUUCUGGCUCUAUGAACUCUGUGACGUCUACUUGGAAUGCCUGAAGCCUAUACUGAAUGGGGCAGACCAGGUGGCGGCCGAGUGUGCCCGCCAGACCCUCUACACCUGCCUGGACGUCGGCUUGCGGCUGCUGUCACCCUUCAUGCCCUUCGUGACGGAGGAGCUGUUCCAGAGGCUGCCUCGGAGGACGCCCCAAGCUCCUGCUAGCCUCUGCGUUACUCCCUACCCGGAGCCCUCAGAGUGCUCCUGGAAGGACCCUGAGGCGGAAGCCGCCCUGGAGCUGGCACUAAGCAUUGCUCGAGUCGUCCGCUCCCUGCGUGCCGACUACAACCUCACCCGGAUCCGGCCCGACUGUUUCCUGGAAGUGGCUGAUGAGGCCACAGGCACCCUGGCAUCGGCUGUGUCAGGCUACGUGCACGCGCUGGCCAGCACGGGUGUGGUGGCUGUCCUGGCCCUGGGGGCUCCCGUGCCACAGGGCUGCGCUGUGGCCCUGGCCUCUGACCGCUGCUCCAUCCACCUGCAGCUGCAGGGACUGGUGGACCCGGCCCGGGAGCUGGGCAAGCUGCAGGCCAAGAGAGGUGAGGCGCAGCGGCAGGCCCAGCGUCUGCGGGAACGGCGCGCCGCCUCCGGCUACCCGGUCAAGGUGCCCCUGGAAGUCCAGGAGGCAGACGAAGCAAAGCUCCAGCAGACAGAAGCAGAGCUCAGGAAGGUGGACGAGGCCAUUGCCCUGUUUCAGAAGAUGCUGUGAUUGCAGCCCUCAUAGCCCCCAGCAGUCCACCAUGGGGAUGGCAGCAAUAAAAUAUUUUGCCACAAAA